AUGGGAAGUGUUUUUUUGCCACAUUUGCAUACAGGAUGGCAUGUUGAUCAAGCCAUUCUAUCUGAACAAGAUAGAUUGGUAGUCAUUAGAUUUGGCAGAGACAAAGAUCCAGAAUGUAUGCUCAUGGAUGAAGUACUAUAUAGCAUUGCUGAUAAAGUUAGAAACUUUGCUGUUAUUUAUGUUUGUGAUAUUGACGAAGUUACUGCCUUUAACCAAAUCUACGAACUAUACGAUCCCAUGGCCAUAAUGUUUUUUUACAGAAAUAAGCAUAUGCUUUGUGACUUCGGUACGGGAAAUAACAAUAAGCUCAAUUGGGUAUUAGAUGAUAAACAAGAAUUGAUAGAUAUCAUUGAAGUUAUAUAUAGAGGGGCAACCAAAGGAAAAGGUUUAGUCAUUAGUCCAAAGGACUACUCGACUAAGCACAAGUAUUGA